UAUUUUUGACGUUGAAUAACGUCGUUCGGCAAGAUAUGGGGGUACAAUUCAGAAAACAGAAAAUUUGAGCAUGUAACGAAAAGUGGUUAGGUUUUGACCGCUAAUAACUUUGUCAAUUCUUGAUGGAUUUUCAAUCUUUUUGCAUGAAUCUAUCAGAAAUUUAUUUACGCGUCGAAUCCAUGCUAGGUAAAUAUUGAUUUUCAAUAGUAAACUAUUGAAAAUUUGAGAAAAGUGAACCCAUGUUUUAUCCAGCCAAUCACGUUCGAGCUCAGUUUUGGAUUUUUCCGUCGACCACCGAGCAGUAUAAAAGAUAAUCUUCUUCUCCUCUUCCUUCAUUCUUCAUCAAUUCGUCGACGGGAACGCAUCGGCGGAGAGCUGUGCAGUUUGCUCCGUUUGCGUUUUCGUUUAGUGUUCUUUUGCAAGCCGAGCGCGGUGGUCGGUGCGCAUCUUCGCGGCAGCACGAGUGGAGUCGCCAACCGGAUUAGAGACGGAGAAGCACAGCUCGGUUUCCCUGUUUGCAUUUUCGCUCUGCAUUCUUUGUCAUGCAGAGCGCGGUGCCACCGCAGCGGUGGUUGUCGACGGUUGUGUGUGGUCGUACGGUGCGCGGCAGACAAUUGGAGUCGCCAACCAGAUUAGAGGACUUUGCAUCAUUGAACACCACCACCGCUACUGUUCCGAAUUUGGAAACAUACGGAAUUGCAUCUCCAAACGCACUUGCAAUUAUUUUGCAAAUCCAAACAGUCCUUUUAAGGGCUAUUAAACUAUCCCACAAGAGAGGAGACUAGGAGGACUACAAAUCGAAUCGGGUUACGCACAAAAGGCUGAAUCACAUAAGGCUGAAUGAUCAAAAGGCUGAAACACAUAAGGCUGAAUGAUCAAAAGGCUGAAAGCAUCAAAAGGCUGAAAGAUAUCAACAUGUUGAAAAGUAUUGAAAGUUGUAGCCGCUUGCUGACCUGGAUGUUCAUCGUGAUGCUAUCAGCAAUGCGCCGCCGUCAAUCAAUCCGCGAAAGGUCCGACCGAUCCCCGAGGAAAAGCGACGCAGCUCGCACAUUCGUUGUGGCGGAUCUUUCUUUGGUGGAUUUUGCUGCUGCCUCUGCCACCACCGCCGAGCAAUCGAUGAAAAGUAUUCCUUCCUUGGUCUGCCGCGUUAGACGGUUAUAAGGCGAAUGCGCAGCAGCUCCUUUAUCGACAACCACUAACGCCGAGCCGACACGGCCGUAAAAGAAGAAUGAGCGAAAACGCAAUCGAAGAAAUGGGCAGCUCUCUUUCGAUGCGUCCACCUCGAGACCACAAUGACAAAUGAGGGAAGAUGCGAAGAAGCAGUAGCUUUUAUAUUCGACGGGAGCAUCGAAAAUGUGCUCGAUCGUGAUUGGCUGGAAUAAACAUGGAUUCACUUUUCCCAAUUUUUCAAUAGUUUGUUAUUGAAAAUCAGUAAAUGUUAUUAUUGGACAUAAUUUGUGUAAAGAUUUGCAAUCGAUUGGUGCCAAAAUUUUGAAAUUUCAUCAAGAAAUGGCUGAGUUAUUCAGGCUCAAAAUCUCCACUUUUAACGUAACGCGGCCGAUAUCUGAAAAUUUAGAAUGACACCCGGUAUAGAAAAGAGAGACGUAGUCCUACGUCAAAACCAAAAAUCGGCCGCGUCACGAAAAGUGGUCAGCUUUUGAACGCUAAUAACUCAGUCAUUUAUGAACGAAUUUUAAAAAUUUUAGCACCGAUCAGACGCAAAUAUUUCCAGCAAUUAUGUCAAUUAAUAACAACUAUUGAUUUUCAACAGCGAACUAAUUGAAAAUUUAGGAAAAGUGAACCCAUAUUUUAUCCAGCCAAUCACGCUAGUGAAAGAUUGAAUUCUUGGUGGUGGUUCGACAACAGUGAAGGCGAUCACUAAUCUCAUCCACGGCAGCAAGCGGCGGGCGAAUUUUCGACGGCGUUCAGCAUUCAACACGGGGAUCUAACACGCAUUGCGUGGCAUGAUAAAUUCAUGUCAAUUUUCUGUCUGAAAUCGUCCAAUAUUCAAACGGUUCUUUUCAGGACCAUAGAAAAUUAUUCCUGAAGAGUUGUGAAUCAGAUAAUUAUUUCAUUCCAUCGAUCGGUAGAAGUGUAGUGCAACCGAAAAGUGAAAAAUUGUAUGCUUGAUGGCCCCGCAUCAAUAGUGAUGCCGGCCACUAAUGAUUCCACCAGGAUUUUAGCAACGCUUUUUUUGACGUUGAAUAACGUCCUUCGGCAACAUAUAGGGGUGUAACUUCAGAAAAACCAAAAAUCGGCCGCGUCACGAAAAGUGGUCAGCUUUUGAACGCUAAUAACUCAGUCAUUUAUGAACGAAUUUUAAAAAUUUUAGCACCGAUCAGACGCAAAUAUUUCCAGCAAUUAUGUCAAUUAAUAACAACUAUUGAUUUUCAACAGCUAACUAUUGAAAAUUUAGGAAAAGUGAACCCAUGUUUUAUCCAGCCAAUCACGUUCGAGCGCAGUUUUGGACUUUUCCGUCGUGCGCCUGGCAGUAUAAAAGCUAUUUCUUCUUCCCCUCUUCCUUCAUUCUUCAUCAACACCUCGAGGGGAACGCAUCGGCAGAGAGCUAUGCAGUUUGCUCCGUUUGCGUUUUCAUUUAGUGUUCUUUGGCAAGCCGAGCGCGGUGGUCGGUGCGGUGCGUCUUCGCGCGCGGCAGCUCGAGCGGAGUCGUUUACGUGAUCAGAAACGGAGGAGCACAGCUCAGUAUGCAUUUUCGCUCAGCAUUCUCACAGCACAUUUUCACACUGUCGACCGCGGUAGACGGACGGACGCACCGACGACAACCGAGCAGCAGCGGCCCAGUUCGGAAGCGGAUGGGCGCCGCUAUAUAAUUAUUAGUGUUGGGACGGUGUCUGCAGUUGGUCACCCUAAAUAAUACUUCACAUAGAAUAGAAUACGUUGCUAAAAUAGAAAGGGGAAGAAGAGUAAAAGCAAACUGAAAUGGUAGUACGUAUAAUCAUAGUGAAAACGAAAACAGAACCGUUUGUGAGAAUUUAGGAGGUUUGAAACCGAAAUAGUUGAGCGGAAAGAUACACUAAAGAUUGUAAGUAGAAUUAGGCAUAAUAUUAGAAAAAAGAAAGAAUUUAAAUAAAUAUAUUUUCAGUUUAAGCUGAUCAACACAAAAGCUGACUUUUGAUCUGCUCUGAAAAUCAGUGUCGAUUGAAUCGCCGCAACAAACUUAAAAAUCUUUAAUCUUCUUGAAUUGUUGUCAAAUGAUGGACAACCAGACGACGAAUCAAAUAUCAACGAAUGACCGUUGCGAAAACGUUCUAGGCACUCCUGCCGGCGAUCCGGUGGACAUACCUGUAUCUGCUUUGGAGAGUCCAUCAGCAGAAACAAUACAACUGCAGUUGGAAUACUUGCAAAUGGAGCGGUCAAUCAAGCUGAAGGCAAUAAAAGAAAGAGAAGCGGUAGAGUUAUUGUUUGCCCGAAAACGAUAUUACUUGUUAAAGUCUAAAUCAAGUUUUGAUCGUUCUGCUGGGGGCGACAACAGCUUCGUCGAUGAGAAUGAAAAUAUGAGCAGUUCAACAUCGGAUGCUUCUUCCGAAUACGCUGAUUCACUGCUUGUAAACAAUCAAGAUUCGCUACCAGCUACGGUAUCGAACGUCGUCCCUACGUCUCAACAGAUUUGUGCUCGACAAGUUAUGCCCAUGGAUUUGCCUGAAUUCACUGGAGAUCCCGAAGACUGGCCCGUGUUCUUCAGUCAGUAUAAAAAUAGUACAUUAGCGUGUGGGUACAGCAACGCUGAAAAUCUGGUAAGACUACAGAGGUGUAUAAAGGGAAAAGCACUGGAAUAUGUCCGAAGCCGACUACUUUUGCCAGAAUUGGUUCCGAAAGUUAUAAAAACGAUGGAGAUGCUAUAUGGACGGCCGACAGUAAUUAUCAGUUCUUUAAUUAACAAGAUAAGAUUAAUUCAACCGCCCGAUAUGGACCAUUUGGAAACGAUAAUUGACUUUGGCAUGGCAAUCCAAAACCUUUACGAUCAUCUGAUCGCGAUGAAUCAAACGGAUCAUCUUCGAAACCCGACACUACUGCAAGAGCUAGAAGCGAAGCUGCCCGGUGAAAUUAAAUUAGAGUGGGCGCGAUAUAAAAGACAGCACAUUUCGUCACUCAAAGCGUUGAACGAUUUUAUGAAUGAACGUGUUGAGGCAGCUUGUGAACUUACGUUUGUGGCACCGCGAGAAGAGUUUCAUCGAAGUGAAGAUAUAUCGCGUGCCAGCAAUGAACUAGAAUCAAAUAGAAUCAAAAUUUGUCUAAUUUGCAAAAGGCAAAAUCAUAAUGUUGAAGAUUGUUUCGAAUUUCAAUCGUACGAUGUAACUCGUCGCUGGAGAUUAGUUGGCGAGCAUAAAUUGUGUCGGUGCUGCCUUGGUCGUCACAGUACCAGGGUUUGUCGAUAUGCAAACGAAUGUGGAAUCAACAGAUGUCAUCUGUUACACCAUCCAUUGUUGCACCAAGCUAGUUUACAAUAGGGUAACCAAUGCGAAUCACACGAUCCUAUGUUGUUAGUUAAACUUCAUAGAAUAUGUAGUUUUACGGGGGUGGGAAUGUUGGGACGGUGUCUGCAGUUGGUCACCCUAAAUAAUACUUCACAUAGAAUAGAAUACGUUGCUAAAAUAGAAAGGGGAAGAAGAGUAAAAGCAAACUGAAAUGGUAGUACGUAUAAUCAUAGUGAAAACGAAAACAGAACCGUUUGUGAGAAUUUAGGAGGUUUGAAACCGAAAUAGUUGAGCGGAAAGAUACACUAAAGAUUGUAAGUAGAAUUAGGCAUAAUAUUAGAAAAAAGAAAGAAUUUAAAUAAAUAUAUUUUCAGUUUAAGCUGAUCAACACAAAAGCUGACUUUUGAUCUGCUCUGAAAAUCAGUGUCGAUUGAAUCGCCGCAACAAUUAGAGUGGGUCAACGUUGUAUGGAGAAAGUUUAAAUUUGAUCGUAUCAACCCGGAACAAAGCUUUUUCAAUCUAUAUUAGCGUCCAAAACAACUGUGCAAAAUUUGGGAGCGAUUGAUUGCAUCCCCGUAUUCCGCUUUGCGAUUGAAAUUUGUAUGGAAGUUAGUAUGGGAAAAUGUACUUUUUUGCGUUUUUCUCAUAAAUUGAAAUUUUUCGUCUAAAACAGUCUAACCAAUGACGGUAAAGUAUAGCCUAGGAUAUGCCGAAAAACUUUGCCGAAGACCGCAAAGUGAUCCGACGCUUGUGAAAAAAGUUAUUCGCUAGGUAACUCAGGCCAAAAAUUAAGAUUUUAUUAUUGAUGUUAUUCCUUUACAUGUUAAAUGAUAAGCACCACUGGGCAAUCUGUACGUUAUAACUUUUUUCACAAGUGUCGGAUCACUUUGUGGUCUUCGGCAAAGUUUUUCGGCAUAUCCUAGGCUAUACUUUCCCGUCAUUGGUUAGACUGUUUUAGACGAAAAAUUUCAAUUUAUGAGAAAAAUGCGAAAAAGCACGUUUUCCCAUACUAAAUUCCAUACAAAUUUCAAUCCCAAUGCGGAAUACGGGGAAGCAACCAAUCGCUCCCAAAUUUUGCACAGUUACUUUGGACGCUAAAAUGAAUCGAAAAAGCUUUGUUCCGAAAAAUCGACUUUGUUGACCCAGUCUAAUAAUUAU